AUCAGGUACUUUCAGAGGCAAUGUUGUAUAUUAUCCAUUGCUCUCUUUUUCUUUGAGAGCAGAGAGAAAGCAAUGGCAGAUGAUGAAGUGGUUGGUGGCCUCUGGGCAAUGCUAGCUCAGGAAAGGAGGAAGAGCAUUAGCCUGAUGUUCUUAAGGUUCAUCGCUGUUGUUCUCUUGGCUGUAGCAGCUUGCUAUCUCUUCAUCAGCAACUUCAAUUCACAUUUACCAGCGACUGAAAAAAACACUUCAACGAUAGACAAACAAGAACUAGUGAAUAUCUGGCCUUUAUUGAAGGAAUUGGGAGUUAAAGAACAGCAAGAUUUAAAGAAAGAAGUAUGUGAUCUUUCUGUUGGUAAAUGGAUACCAAAAGCUGAAGAACCAUCGUACACAGAUGAAACCUGUCAUUACAUUGCAAGUUAUACAAAUUGUUUGAAAAAUGGGAGGCCUGAUAGAGGUUUUCUUCACUGGAAAUGGCAACCAAGUGGCUGUGACUUACCUGCUUUUGAUCCACUCAAAUUUCUGAAUGCAAUGCGCGAUAAAUCAUGGGCAUUUAUUGGCGAUGCAAUCUUCCACAACCAUGUUUAUUCUUUGCUCUGCUUAACCUCGUCGGUAACGAAAGCUCAUGAGAUAUAUUAUGACGGAUACAACACUAGGACAUGGUACUAUCCCUCAUACAACCUCACCAUCUAUAGCAUCUGGUCUCCAUAUCUGCUCGCUUCUGAGACUGAAAAUGGACCGACCCAUGAAAUUCAUCUUGACAUCCUGGAUAGCAAGUGGACUGAGAUGUAUAACAAGUAUGACUACAUGGUCAUUUCUGGUGGCCAAUGGUUCUACAAAAGAACAAUCAUGUAUGAGAACAACGAAGUGGUAGGCUGCCAUUACUGUCCUGACUUGGAGCUUAAGAAGAUCGACUAUGAAGUGGCUUACAGGAGGGCACUCCAGUUGACUUUCAAGUUCAUCACUACAUCUGAGCACAAGCCCUUCGUUGUCUUUAGGACGUGGGCCCCAAGCCACUGGGAGGAUGGAGAAUCGCCUAGUGAAAGAAUUUGCAACAGGACUAAGCCAUUUAUAGAAGGGGAAAUCAAUGGUAGUAGUUCAGACCUAAAAAUGUGGAGACUUGAGACUGAGGAGUUUGAGAAGGCUGCUGCCAUUGGAGCAACGAAUGACGUGAGAAUGGAGCUCCUUGAUGUUUACCAGCUUUCACUGUUGAGACCUGAUGGGCAUCCAGGUCCUUAUGGGACUUACCAUCCAUUUGACGAUGAUCCGAGCAAGAAAGUUGAGAAUGACUGCAUCCACUGGUGCUUGCCUGGUCCUAUUGACACCUGGAAUGAACUGCUCAUGAAGGUGAUCAAUCGAGAUGUUCGUGACUCUGUGUCUGCUUUUCUCUAGAUUUUAGUACCUUUCCACUUUAUUUCUUGUGUGUGAAUAAUUGGCGGAGACAGUCAUGUUUCUGUA